AUGCAAGCACAACAAGAGUUCGUCCUCGUUGAUGAAUUCCAAGUGGGACUCGACCGAGCCAAGAUUACCAAUACUGCACAGAUACAGCUUCCUGAGACACAUGAGGCGCAAGGUGCACAGGAUGAGCGUCACCUGCGCAGUGCUGAAAGUUCGGCGGCAUCAUCCCACAAUGUUGUUGACUCGAUGAAGGCGCGGAAACAUAGGGCAGGCUUGAGAAUUAGGAAGACACUUCAUAUCGGAAGAUCAUCGGAUGAUUUUGAAUACACCACAACAGCGCUUGUGGGUGCUGCCGCAGAAGGUUCAGGGUCACGAUAUAUGACUGAUGCGCCGGAACCGGACGAACCGACCAUGAAAGACUUCCUUCAUAAUCCUAUUGACACCGUCAAGGCCAGGAUCUCAGAGAAAGGCAACCAACAAGUAUCAGGUCAGAUCACGGCGAAAGAGGUCCCCCACGGCGACGAAGUGGACAUGAUACGUGCGUCUGAAGCAGUGGAAGAUGCAGGUAAUGAUACCCAGCGACUUCUCGCCAUCAAAGACCUUUCUAGACUCAUGAAAGAGCGUCAGGCUACUUAUGCGCGGUGGACGCUUGAUCGUCAUAUUACCAAGAUUAGGCGUUUGCCGCAGGGUGAGAUUAAAGUAAGACCUAGAUCUGACUUCCAGAAACUCGACCAAAAUGCAGACACGGUCACUAAUUGGAGAGCAUAUCUGCUUGUAUAUCAUGCACAUCAAUAUGGAGGGCAGUAUAUCGGAUUUGGCUCCGACCCACCAGCGCCUUCAAAAGAGACCGUAAUGCCAAACAUCGAACGUCUAUUAUUGGCUUCAUCCCCAAUUCAAGAGUUCGUCAUGACAUCGCGUAAAAUUUAUCGAUGGGAGCAACCGGCAGAGACAUUGACAUAUCUACUUCUAUACUCCACACUUUGGUACUUCGACAUGCUUCUUCCAGGCUCUCUCGCAGCAUGCAUAUAUCUCGUCUUCCAACGGCGCACUCACGGCAACACGUUGGAAGACCUGCGCGACGAGAUUAAGCAUCGGGAGGAUCAACGCCGUACUGCUCUGUCUUUGACCGAAUUGAUCGUCAAGAAAGGAGAUAAGAAUUGGUCUGACAAACUUGUUGAGGAUCUGGGGCCGUGGUUCAUGGUGCAACUGGCGGAUCUGGCCAAUUUUUUCGAGAGUUUGCACAGCUUUUACGAAUGGCGGGAUCCACAUCGAACGUUGUACGCGAUGAUCGUUCUUGGGGUCGUUACGCUAGCGACCGCUUUGACCCCCAUGUGGCUGCUUGUUAAAGUUGUCACAUUUGGUAUGGGCGUGUCGUUUUUCGGCCUUUACCCGAUCGCGGUCAAAUUCCCAGAGUACAGACUAUUGGUAUCACCUGCCAAGCGAUUUCUUUGGAACAUCCCAACACACGCGGAAUGGGCCAUCAAAUACGUUCAAGCCGAAGGUACUCAAUUGGCAGAGAAAUCCAUUCCUGUGGCAUCCGCUCUAGCAUUAGCUUCUCCUACAUUCGAUAUGGAACACGAUUACAACAGCUAUGGUGCGAGUCAGGACAAGUCAUCCGGUCGCCUUAUCAUCAGCCGCAGUGGUAUCAGGUUCAUAUCCAAUUUCGGACAUAAAGUGCUCUGGAAUCUCCAGUUCGACCAACUGGAGAAGAUCGAAAAGGUGGAUCGCAUGGUCACGAAGAACAUACCAGGCAAGUUGCAAGGGGAUUCUGGUAAAGAUUUACGGCUUGUUAGCAGAUCCGGUGGGGUUCACCUACUGGAAAAGGUCGAUAAGAGGGAUGAGGCUUUCUCACAAAUGGUUGGCUUCUCUAAAGUUACCUGGCAAGUCCUAUGGUAA